AUGUCUUCGCUUGAAGCCAAGAUCGUCGUCCUCGGCGCACAGGGCGUCGGCAAGACGUCGCUCGUGAUGCGAUAUUGCAAAGGCGCCUUCAACCCGGCCGAGAUCACAUCCACCGUCGGAGCCAGUUUCCUGACGAAGCGCGUCGUUGAUUCCGACUCGGAUACCGUCGUGCGUCUCCAGAUCUGGGAUACAGCCGGCCAAGAACGCUUCCGUUCCAUCUCCCGACUCUAUUACCGCGGCGCCAACGCCUGCAUCCUCUGCUACAGCAUCACCGACGCCCAGUCCUUCCUCGAUAUGGGUGUUUGGCUGACCGAGCUGCGCCAAAACCUCCCCCAUGACGUCGUGCUCCACGUCGUUGGCACCAAGGCCGACAUCGUCGCCCGCGAUCCUUCGGCCCGCCAAGUCCCCUUCGAGCGCUGCAUCGCAUACGUCGCCGAGAAUCUCGCCCCCGGCCUCGGCAGCACGCCACCCCCGACGGCCACCCCACUCGCUCCGGCGUCCAUGUCCGGCCACCCGGGCUACUCCAACUCCGUCUCCUUCCCCGCCGUCGAACCACGCAGCCCCAGCUCCAAGCGCAGCUCCGGCUUCUGGGCCCAGGAGGUCGGCUGGGACGCCUGCCACGAGAUCAGCGCUGAGAACGGCGAAGGUGUCGAGGAGGUCUUCCGUGUCGUCACUCGCAAGCUGGUUGAACAGAACCGCAAGAUGCAGCAGGCCCUCCUCAUGGCUACGGCCAUUCCCGGCAGUCCAGGCUACGAGGUCGGCAUGGAUGGUGGCUACUUCGACGGCAUGAACCAGCGGGGCAGCUUUCGUGUCGGCCGCGACCGCCGUAGCUGGCUCUUCUCUCCAGCCUUCUCCCCCACUGUCACUGUCGACCAAGCCAGCGGCCAGGAGCUGGUGCCGCAGGAUCGACAGCAGAAAGAGCGGCGAAAGUGCUGCUGA